AUGCCUCCCGUCAAGCUACCUAGAGCUACACUAGAGCAAAAAAUACAAAUCCUCGACUUCUACCACCAGUCGAACCGGCCCCAACUGGAGACAGUAGACCGGUACAAAAACGAGAUUCUGAUCCUGACAUCUUCUUUCAGCGAAUGGCUCAAGAACGAAGACGAUCUCAGAGAACGAUUGAGUCUGGCGGGGUCUUCAUUUUCCAAAAAGAGCCGGAGAAAAGUAAAGUUCAAAUACGAGGAAAUCAACAGAGCUAUGGACAUGCUUGUAAAACGGAGACUUGAACGGAACGAACCAAUCAACGAGCCCAUUCUCCGCGAGCACUGGUCGAUUUUUGCCCACCAGUACGGAGUGGAAGACCCCAAAAGACUAGUAGGAUUCAGCCAUGGCUGGCUCAGUCAGUUUAAAAAGAGACACGGCCUAAACAAAAAAAGAAUGAGCGGAACCACCGUAGGAGGAGCGGGUGGGAUGAACCACGACUCUUCGUCGUCGUCUUCUUCGCCUAGACCUGGAAACCAACAGCCAGCUGAAGAAGUAUACGAAAACUACGCUGGAGCAGAACAGGAAUCGAACGAAAUGACAGAUGGCAAUACUGCUAACGGUAACCUCACCAAUCCUAAUAAUACCAAUGCUACUACCGCAGCUAGUAACACUAACAACAAUACAACCGUGAGUAACAGUAGUGCCACUAACAAUACCAGUAGUAGUAAUAAUCGAAGCAACGAUCAUUCGGUAAAUGGUAAUCCACCAAGCAAUAGUCCUGCUACUGAGUUUGCUUCGGCUACUGCUGCAAAUAGUAGUAUAAGUAGCGGCAGUACCCAGGGACCAGGCUACGAUUUAUUGAAUCCACAACUUGCUAAUCCAGCUAACGCUUCUGGAACUAAUUCCACUGGAGCUUCCAACCAGUUCAGGCCACACCAGGGCUUGAGUUUCUCCAAUGGCAAUGGCAACCUCAACCUUAACUAUGUAUAUAAACAGCAGCAACAACUACAACUGCACCUGCAACAGGCGCAAGCGCAACGGCCAGCCCAAACGACUCUGCAAUCGCAGAAAUCACAUCCACUGAGGCUACCACAGCGAUUCCUGGACGCGUCUGAUACUACAGCUCCUGCCUCAUAUGACUAUCAGCAACAGCUACGGGCUCGAUACGAAAGACACCAGAUUGAGCAGAGACUAACCAGGUCGGGAACAAGAGGAACAAGCUCCUCGAAACUGCAAACAUCCAACCGAGCUGGUACCGCUUCUACUGCCAACACAGGAAAUACCAACAAUAACAAUAGUACACCUCCUACUACACAAGCACCUACUACACAUGCUCUGUUAGAUACAGCUCCAACUGCUGGUACUUCUACUGGGUCUUCGUUGGAUGUCACACUGACAAUUAGUGGAUCAGAUAUCGAGCGGUUUAUCUACAUGUUUGCCGACCGCUUCUUUCAUGACCACCAGUAUGAAUAUCCGCAGACUGUAGCAAUUUUCCAGGAGUUCAAAAACUCGUUUUUCAAUGAGAGAAUGAUCAACCUCCGUUCCAUCCAGCAACAGCAACAGCAGCAACAGGCGCAACAUGUGCAGCAUCAUGCUCAACAGCAACAGGCACAGCAGCAAGAAAAACAGCAACAGGCACAGCAGCAACACCAGCAAUUAUUGCACCAAGUCCAGCAGAUGCAACAAGCUUCACUGCAACAACAUAUAACCAACAUAGACGACUUCUUCUUGCGAAAUGUUCCCCCCACCCAGACGAGUCCUCCUAGCAACAGCCUUGCUCCAGUAAAUGGAUUUGUGCAGUCGUCACAUCACCACCAGCUUCGAGGAAGAAACGGAAACACCCUAGAUCCGUUGAUGAACUCGUCACUCCCUCGGACACGAAACCCCGUGAUUAUGAAUUCGGAUGUACCUGCUGUUCCCCAUGGCAGCAAAGGCUGGAAGGAUAAGUUGAACUAG